AUUCUGAAAUCCCUUUUGGUCACCUUGCCUCCAUGUUCAAGUGUUCAACACAGAAACACGAGCUGGAGUGGGCAAAACCGGUGGCUUUGGGCGGGCGGAUGAGAUGAGUUGUGCAAUUCUAGGCCUACCCUCUCCUCCGCUUCUCGACGGCCAUGUCUCUCUUUCUUCAAACUCCAACAACAUCAACUCAAUUAUUGGUGGUGGGAGCUCAGAGGAGGCUAACCUUGUUGGGACGAAGCCCACCGUUGAUGGUUAUAAAUGGCGUUUGCUUAUCGCCUACGACGUUACCUUUAUCAUAACAGUUGUUCUUUCAGGCUGGCAAUAUCAGGUGUCACCACCAACCAUACAAUGCCAUGUGGAACAAGCUCUUAGUCGGGUAACAAAGCUAGAAAGGAAGGAUCUCCGUUUGUCUGGAGCAGGCAGAACAGAUACUGGAGUUCAUGCAUGGGGGCAGGUGGCACACUUUGUCACACCUUUUAACUACGACAACUUGGAUUGCGUUCACGCGGCUUUGAACGGUCUUCUUCCUGUUGAUAUUCGAGUUAGAGAAAUUAGCCCUGCAGUUCCUGAAUUCCAUUCUCGGUUUUCAGCAGAAGGCAAGACUUAUCAUUACAAGAUCUAUAAUGAUGCUGUCAUGGACCCAUUUCAUCGACACUUUGCUUACCACAGUGCUCAUAAGCUCAAUGUUGCUGUUAUGAGAGAAGCUGCAAAGCAUUUUGUUGGAAAACAUGAUUUCUCAGCUUUUGCAAAUGCUUCCCACAAUGAUGGAGUGCCUAAUCCAGUAAAGAAUAUAUUCAGAUUUGAUGUCAUUGAGAUGGGAUCUCUUUUACAGCUAGAAGUUGAAGGUUCGGGUUUCUUGUAUAGACAAGUGCGAAACAUGGUUGCUCUUCUGGUUCAAGUUGGAAGGGAAGCAAUUCCUCCUGAUAUUGUCCCGAAGAUUCUGGCGACGAGAGAUCGAAAGGAGCUUGCUAAAUAUGCUUUGUGUGUCCCACCUCAUGGGCUUUGUCUUGUGAAUGUCAAGUACAAUCAAGAUCACUUACGGCUUCCAUCGUGUUGCCCUACCAGUAGUUUCGGCAGGCAUUAUACCAUAAGCAAAUGUAAGCUUCCAUUCUACUAGAAAAUUUCUCUUGUACGAAAAAGAUCCAAAAAAAAAAAAAAUGAUUGUUUUUUGAAGGUUGUUAUCUAUCCCUUCCAAUUGAAAAACUUGAAUCAG